CCCACCUGUGUCAGAAGCUUCGUUCUUUUUUCUUUAAUCCGAUUCUUUUUUGUCUCUCCUCUCAAACUCAUUUCUUUCCAGGAGUCGAUCUUUAAACCUCUCUUUCCUUCCUUCUAUUUUUUCCAAUUUCGCUUCCUUUUUUCUCCAGAAUCCUUAUUCUUCGACUCCUUGCCAGACUUCUGGCUCCCCCAGGACUUCUCUCCUUUUCAGGGGCCUGUGACUUCUGCGAUAGGAGGUUGAGCUUUUGAAGUGUCGUUUGAAGGUUUUAAGAUUUCCCUUUCUCCGAACCAGGAGUCACAGAUGCCAGGAAGGAUGGCCCCCCACAAGAAGUCUCGAAAUUCCCCAAGCUUGCCCCUGGCAUUAAACCCCCUGAAGAGCAAGGAGGUGUUGGCAGUGCUGGCUGAGAGGAACCAGACCAUAGUACCAGUGGGGGCGUGGGUGGAGCCUGCCUCACCAGAUAUUUCGGAAAUCCCAGCACAUACUUCAGCAUAUAUGAUUGAAGAAGAACUAAAGGAACAGCUAAGAAAAAAAGAAGCAGCUCUGAAGCGUUUUCAGAGACAAGUCAAAUACCGAGUAAAUCAACAAAUUAGGCUGAGAAAAAAGCAACAGUUUCAGAAGUCUUAUGAAGCAGCAGAAAAAGAAGGCAUUAUAGCCAUGCAGUCUUCAGAUCCAGCACAAUUAACUCCUAAAAGGAGAACAAGUGUUUUUCCAAACAAUUUGAAUGCUGCUAUUGUAAGUUCUAGGUUAUCCCCUUCUCAGAUGCUUGGGGAUGGAAUAGAAGAUGGAGAGAAUCAGAAUGAAUUAUUCCAACGACAAGCCCAGGCUCUUAGUCAAACCAUGAAACGGGCACGUCAUCAGCUGGCAUCCUUUAAAACUAACUCACUUUGUAGGAAACCAGCAUCCAUCAAGAUAAAUAUAGGAGUAAGAGGAGAAUUCCCUUUGAAGGUCCAUCAAGAUCACAUUACUGCUAUACAUUAUCAGAACUUAAUGGAAAAUCAGGAAAUUGACUUUGAGGAAUCUGUACCCAUUAUGAUAGAUGAGGAAGGGAGAGAUGAUUUGCAUUUGGGGGACCAGCAGGAUUUCCUUUCUGAAGUCAAGCACAAGCAUUUUGGCAGAGUUCAGAAAGUAACAUUCAAAAAUCCAUUAUUUGCUGUGAUAGAAGAGGAAGAGUUUAAGAGGAAGGGUCUUCAGAGCUUUCAGAAUACUUUGCCAGAAGCCCGGGAUUACCUUCCAGAAGACAGAGAUGAUCUGCCAGAAACCCAGGAUGAUUUACCAGGAGUCCAGAGUGUUGAACCAGAAGCCCAGAGUGUUGAGGCAGACAUCCAGGCUAUUGAGUUGGAGGUUCGGGGUGUUGAGCCUGAAGCACGGGCUGCUGAGCCUGAAGCCCAGGCUACUGAGCCCAAAGCACAGGCUGUUGAACCCGAAUCACAGGCUGUUGAGACAGAAACUCAGGGUGUUAUGCUGGAAUCCCGGAGUAUUGAGCUGGAAGAUUCAAGUAUUACCCUGGAAGCCCAGGAUUUUCUACCCAAAAACCAGAGUUUUCUAUCCAAAGACCAGGGUAUUCUACCUGAAGACCAGAAUAUUCUACUCAAAAGUCAGAACCAGGAUUUUAUUCCUAAAGACCAGAAAGCAAAUUUGAAGCAGCCAGCACCAACUCGGAUAGGUAGGAGCGGGAGAGAGGCAUUUCCUCUGGAUUUCCAUCAGUAUAUUCUACACAGGCAUCAAGAUCAGGCCUUCCUCAGGGGCAAGAAAGUACGCUUUAAGGAGCCUUGUUCUGAUAAUACAGAUGAGAAAGGGAGAGAACUCCAGGACCAGGCAUUCGUCAGAAAUCAGGACACGUUUCCCAAGCAACCUUCAUGUUUUUUGAGAGAAGAGAGGAGGAGAGAUGAAUUGCCUGUGGAGUAUUGUCAAUAUGUUACAUCUAAAAUCCAGGACCAAGCCUCCUCUAGAGAACAGCAACCCUCAUCUUUAAUGAGAGGAGAGAGAAUGAGAAAGGAAUUGCCUCUGGAGUAUUGUCAGUAUGUUACACCUAACAUUCAGGACCAAGCCUCCUCUAGAGAACAGAGCUUCCACUUCAAGCAGCAGCCAUCUGUUGAAACAGAUGAAAGACUGCGAGAGGAUUUGCUUCUGGAUGGCCAUCAGCGUCUUCCACCCAGGCACCAGAGAGAGGCUUCCAGUAGAAGACAGGUUUAUGACAAAUAUCAAUCAGGAUUUAACACUGAAUUCCAAGCACUUAAGUCUGGAGUAGAUGAAGAAGAAGAUAAGAAAGAGCGUCAAAAGCAGUACCUGAGAUAUAGACGGCUUUUCAUGGAUAUUGAGAGAGAACAAGUAAAGGAACAACAAAGGCAAAAAGAACGUAAGAAGAAAAUUGAAAAAAUCAAGAAAAAGAAGGAGCAGCAACGUUAUGCUGAAGAGCAGAGGAUCCUGAGAAUGACCCUUCAUGAUGAAGCACAUUCAGGGGAGACGUUGAGUGAGAGAUUAGCCCAGUUACAACUUGAAGAAACAAAAGGAGCCAGAGAGAAACAGCAACAGAGAGAAAAGGAAUACAUAAGAUAUGUGGAUGCUUUAAGAGCCCAGAUCCAGGAGAAAAUGCAGCUGUAUAAUAUUACUUUACCUCCACUAUGCUGUUGUGGUCCUGAUUUUUGGGAUGCUCAUCCUGAUACCUGCGCCAACAAUUGUAUCUUCUACAAAAAUCACAGAGCAUAUACUCGGGCACUCCAUUCAGUCAUCAAUUCCUGUGAUAUCCCUGAGGGGAACUCAGCUCUUCGAACUGCCAUCCGUAACUUUGCUUCUGUACACAGACGAUCUCUGAAAAAUCUGUAAGAAGAAUGUGAAAUCAAUUGGUAGUAUUUCAGUCUUCACUGAAAAUCAACCCUUAGAGAUUAUUUAGGAAAAGAUAAGGUAUAUAAGAUGUAUAAUUCUGAAAAGAAAGACUGUCCCACAUACCAGCCAUCUCCAUAAGUAGAUUGUAUGUGCUGUUUCAGUCUUUGCCUUGGGACCAAGAUUGAGAGGUGACUUCCAAACUUGUCUCUUUGUUGUGAACCACACGGAGUUUUAAAAAACGAUCAAACCAGUAAAAUUUCUCUUACUUUGCUCUGCUCUGAUCCACAAGAGGUCAUGAGAAAUCUUAGAAAUAAUCUCAUUUACCAUCUUUCUAAAUGUACCUUUGCAUUUUGACAAAACUGAAAGUGUCUGGGUGAAGCAUAAAAGAAGGUGAAAGGAGUUUCUAAGCAUCAGUGGCCACUAUUGUUGUUAACUUUUCUAGUUGUGUUUAACAUUUGGAGAUGAGAAGAAUCUGAAUUUGGUACACAUUUUAUUCUAAAAAAUUUUUCUCUCCUAUUUAAAAAAAAAUUAUUUAUUGCCUCUUUCCCCAUUUGGUGACAUUGGACAUAGGUUUUAUAUUUAAUUUCUAUUUUUUAUUCAAAUAAAAAGGUAAAUAAACUCUGUCUUUUGAAUGCUCAACAUUCCCAUGUGAAAUAAUUGUGACAUUUCAAAAGUGAACCUGCAGUCAAAGUGAGUAAAAGCCUGCCUUAUUUUCCUGUCUUAAAAAAAUUGGUGAGUGACAUGCCUAUCAGUUGAAAUACAAAUUUCUAUAUUUAGUAUAAAUUUGGUAUUUCUUCAUAGUAUUUCCUAACACAAAAUAUGAAAAGGUUUAAUAUUAUAAAUUAAAGACAGAUACUGACAAUUGUUCUCUCCUAUUUUCUCUAAUGUUAAAGUGCUGAAAAGAACUUAGGUUAUGUCUCCAUAAAUGCCUAAACUUCUAGCCAGGUCAUUGAAAAUAAGUCAGAAUUACUCAUGUAACAAGAUUAACUGGUUAUUUUACCAGAUUAACAAUCUACUUCCAUCAUAUUCUUUGAAGUAAUAAUAUCCUGGAUUCAGCUGUUAACAGUUAUUUUGUUCUUUUAACAACUUUACUGAGUUAUAAUUCAUACACUAAACAAUUCAGCGAUUUGAACUGUAGAAUUCACUUUUUCUUAGUAUAUUCAAAGGAUUGUACAACCAUCACUUCCGUCAAUUUUAGAACAUUUUCUUCAUCCCAGAAUAAACCCUGUAGUCAUGAGCAGUUGCCUUCUGUUUCCCCUAAACCUGUGCCUCACUCCAGCCCUAGGCAAUCACUAAUCUUUCUGUCUCUAUAGAUUUGCCUACUCUGGACUUUUAAUAUAAAUGGACUCUUACAAUAUGUGGUCUUUGUAACUGGCUUUUUUCAUUUAGCAUAAUGUUGUC